CCCCUUGGUGGGCCCAGCACGCGGGGGCCCCUGAUCGGGCGGCGGGCGACGCGCGGCCGCGCGCGCCACCGCGCCGCGGGGUGGCCGCCUGCGGCGCACCCUGCGGCUGCGAUGGCCCACACGGGCGUCGUCAAGUCGUUCAACCAGCAGAAGGGCUGGGGCUUCAUCGAGUGCGCGGAGACGUUCCACAUUGCCCAGAAGGACAUCUUCGUCCUGAAGAGCUCGUUGCCCGGCGGCGUUGCCGCGCCCGGGGAUACGGUCCGCUUCGACGUCCAGCAGGGCCAGAAAGGCCCCGAGGCCGCCAACGUGCAGCUCCUCGGCCGCCUGGGCCAGCAGAGGCCCACGUUCCCGCCCUCCGCGGCGCCGCGCAUGACCCAUCCGCCGGCCUACCCAGCGGCGACGGCCUUCGCCCGCCCGCCAGCGGCCGCCGGGCCUGGGCAGACCAGGGGGAUAGUGAAGUCUUACAACCACGAGAAGGGGUGGGGCUUCAUCUCCAGCCCUGCGCUCCAGCAGACCCUGGGGAAGGACAUCUUCUUCAUGAAGAGCUCCGUCGCCGGCGCGGCAGUCCUGGGCCCUGGCGCCGAGGUGUCCUUCAACGUCACGCAGGGGCAGAAGGGCCCCGAGGCCAAGGAGGUCACGCCGCUGGGAGCGCCCGGAGGCGCCUGGGCGCCACCCGCGGCGGCGCGGCAGCAGGCUGGGCUGCUGGCGGGGCUCCCGCCGAGCCUGCUGCAGGCGGUGGUGGCCGCGAACCCGGCGCUGCGCGACGCCUCCCCCCGGACCAUCGCGCCCGGCGCCGGCGCAGCGGGCGGCGGCGCGGCGGGUGGGUCGAAGAGCAUGGUCGGGACGGUCAAGGGCUGGAACGAGGACGCCCGCUGCCUCUGCGCCUCUCCGCUUCGGCUCCGCGCGAGAGGGCGCCGCCAGCACCGGCCCUUCAUUUUCGCGACGCCUGAUUCCUCCGCCUUCAGGAGCAAGCUCUCGGACGCAGGCCGCCGCGUGGGACCUGGCCAGCGCUCCAACUCCACCCUGGCCGGGUGGCCGCUCGCGCUCGCACUCCUCUGCGGCCUCUCGGCAUGCCGAGGUGCGCGGCGGCCUGAGUCGAUGCACGGCUUCGGGCUGCCAGGCGCAGCCUUCGAGGGCACCGCCCCUGGCGGAGCCGACGGCGGAAGGUCCCCCUGCUCUUCGUCCUCUGGCGAGUGGGCUGUCGGCUGGGCGCACGCCGGGGCCGCAGACGCCGCGGCGGACGCGGGCCUGGACGGGCCCCUGACGAGGGCCGGCCUGAGGCUGGAGCUGCGACGCUUCGCGCAGGGCCCGCUGCUGGCUGAGCUGAGGGCCGCCAGGGACGAGGUCCUGCGCGCGUGCGGCGCGGAGGCGCAGGGCCCCGAGCCCGAGCCCCCCAGAGGGGACACCAACCUCGCCAUGCACCGCGGUGCGAGAGCGGCGGCUCUUUCGCCGUGCGAGGCGGGCACGCCCAGCCCGCGGCUCGCGCUGCGGCCCGUCUCGCCCGACUCGCCCGCGCCGGUGCUGCCGCUGGAGCGCCGCCGUGCCAGCGACGGCGGCGCGAUCCCCGGGCGGGGGCUGGGCCCGCCGUCGCCCCUGGCCGCUGCGGGCCCCGCGCCGCCGUCGCUGGCGGUCGGCGUGCGCGCCUCGCGGCUGCGCGCCGCGGCGGCGCGGCCCCCGUCCAAGGAGGGCGCGGAGCGCGAGGACUGCCCCCCUACGCCUUGGGCUGCAGAGAGGAGCGGCGGGCGCCGCACCGCGUUCAGCGGCGGCCCGCGGCCGCGGGCGCAGCUGCCCCGUUCGUCAAGCACUCUGCGGUCGGGGUGCUGGCUGGGCGUCCCGAAGCCGCCCGUGGCGAGGAAGUCUCUCCUGAACAUGUCGAAGGACAUACUCGAGAGCGGCAGGUUCGACACGGUCAUGGGGCUCGUGAUCGCCCUGAACGCGGCGCUGAUCGGAUUCGAGGUUGACUUCCAGGCUCAGCACGCCACUUUGGAGAGGCCACGGAUGCUCGGCUCCACUCUGCUGUACCGGGUCGUGGACCUCGCCUUCUUCGCCGUGUUCACGGCGGAGCUGCUGCUGAAGCUCUACGUGCACCGGGCGGAGCUCCUGGUGAAAAGGGAGGCCGCGGUGCUGUGGAACUGGUUCGACUUCGUGGUCGUCCUGAUGCAGCUCCUCGAGGAGGCGAUCACCCUGCUGGCGGCCACGGCCAGGUCCGUCGUCGACCUGAGCAGCGUGAGACUCCUCAGGGUGGUCCGGGUGCUCAAGGUGCUGCGCGUCAUCCGGUUCGUGCCUCUCUUCUCCGAGCUGCGCAGGAUCGUCAGCUCGAUCAUGGGCUCCCUCAAGUCGCUCUGGUGGACUCCUUCCUCGAGGAUCGGAUUAUCGCCCUCCUCUCGUCGACGGACAAGCUCUCGCUGGUCCACAGGGGCGGCCGAGCCCUGGUCACCCUGA